AAAUCAAUACCCAUACUAAAAUUGCGUCUCAGCCUUCCAAGCUAUCGAACGCCCAGGAAGUGUCGGGCCUGUUCUGGCUUAAACGCUGGUUCUCAAUCCUCCCCCCACUGCGAGCUUUAAGCGAUCAUCAAUGGCUACUAUCAACCUUUCUUCAGCACAUAGUUUCUCUUAUCUUCGUUUAUUCUCUUCAUUCCCACAAAAUACCUUUGCUUCGUCACUCUGUUCGCAGGUCAAAGCCAAACGUUCUUUAACUCUGCGCUCUCUUUCUCUGAAACCCUACAAUAUUGAUACAGAUAAGCCUCGGCCGCGGCCGGUAGUUUUAGCUGUCAAGAACCUCGGGGAGACGCAUCCGAUAGUCCUGCUGCCGGAAAAUGAGGGCGCCGCGGCCGAACUGCCGUCGGGUACCGGCGUAUAUGCCAUUUACGACAAAAACAACGAUCUUCAGUUCAUUGGCUUAUCGCGUAACAUUGCAGCAAGCGUUUCUGCUCACCGGAAAUCAGUUCCAGAGCUCGUUGGCGCCGUGAAGGUUGGGGUGGUAGAUGAACCAGACAGAGAAACUCUAACCCAAGCAUGGAAAUCAUGGAUGGAAGAGCACUUAAAAGCCAAUGGAAAAAUUCCACCUGGUAAUGAAUCAGGAAAUGCCACCUGGAUGAAGCAGCCACCUAAGAAGAAGGCGGAUCUUCGACUAACCCCUGGUCGCCAUGCACAAUUGACUGUCCCCCUCGAGGAACUGAUUGACAAGUUGGUAAAGGAGAACAAGGUGGUUGCAUUUAUCAAGGGCUCUAGAAGUGCACCGUUAUGUGGAUUCUCCCAGAGGGUGAUUGGCAUUCUUGAAAGUGAAGGAGUGGAUUAUGAGAGUGUUGAUGUGCUGGAUGAAGAACAUAACUAUGGAUUAAGAGAGACGCUUAAGAAGUACAGCAAUUGGCCCACAUUCCCGCAGAUCUUUUUGAAUGGAGAAUUGGUCGGAGGUUGUGAUAUUCUGAUCUCCAUGUAUGAAAAGGGUGAAGUGGCUAGUUCAUUCAAAAAGUAGUUGUGCAAGCUUCUCAGCAUUGAGUCAUUCUUUUGAAAUGGUGUAACUGGUUCUAGGAUUAGGGAGCAUGGGAGGACACUGAGGCUAUGCCGGUGAGCUAAAAGUGAAUAAAGCCCUCUUGCUCAGUUGUACUAAUAUGUUAUAUACAGGUAUGUUAUAUUUUUGUGUAAGAUAAAUUAUGUGGUCUUGGUUUCAGAGUGAAACUUGUUAGCUCUA